CAAAAAGAAAAUAGUUGCGUGUGUCGUCUGCAACAUGUGAGAGAGGAGUGGACACUUGACAUAAACACAACGGGUUGUUAAUCGAUUCAAGAUGAGUAAGUGGGGAGAGCGGAUGAAGAAGGUGGAGCAGCUCGCUCAGUCCUUCCAGCUGAACCCUCUGGCCGCUCAAUACAAACCUCGGCUGUGGCCGUGCCAGCCGUCCUCCAUCUGGAAGCUCUUCCCUCGUCAAAGUAUGGCGGUCAGCUUCGCUCAGAGCUGCAAGGAAGCUGUACAUGUGUUUGCACUUGAAAAAGAAAAGACAUCCCUGGGUCAAAGGAUCUUCCUGGUGACCAGCUACAGUGAACUGUGGCAUUACUACAGGACUUACCCACAGUCCUUGAUGCACUGCUACGAGGUGAUACCAGAGGGCGCUGUUUGUAAACUUUACUUUGACUUGGAGUUCCACAAGCCUUCAAACCAAGGGGCUGAUGGGAAAUCCAUGGUCUCUUCACUUAUCCAG